AUGGCGACAACAUGUGCUACAGUCUCUCCGGAGGCAAAGAAGCCAAACUCGAUUACCAUUAACGGGUUUCGAAUCUCAACACAGAAGCUGCCCAUUCUCAAAGCCGACCCAAUCGAGGAAAUGACUCAAAAGCUCGGCAUUGCACCCCCGGAGAUGAUUUUUGGUGAUAACUAUGUUGCUAUCGAGCACGAGAAAGGCGACUGGGGCAUUAAUUUCAAUGCAUUUGACGCCUUAGACUUAGUAGACAAGACUGGUCAAUCCAUGCUGCAGGUCGCGUACUCGAGAGAAUGGCAAAAGAGCAGAGAGAAAACCCAUGAAGGGAUCAAAGAAGUCGUCAAGCCAUUUGAUUGGUCAUAUAGCACCGACUACAAAGGCACACUUCAUCCUAAUGCGCGGCCCUUUGAGCCAACGACGAAGCCAAUCCCUGUUGAAUUAUUGAAGCGCCCGGAUCCUAUCUUGUUCUUUGACGAGGUUGUUCUUUACGAAGACGAGUUGGCAGACAACGGGAUUACAAUGCUGUCUUGCAAGAUUCGAGUCAUGCCAGGCAGACUCCUCCUAUUGACAAGGUUCUUCAUGAGGCUUGAUCACGUUCUGAUCCGACUUCGAGACACUCGAGUUUAUGUGGACUUUGAAACUGGUGAAGUCAUUCGAGAAUACCUCUCCAAGGAGUGUGAAUAUGAGAAAGUUCGCCAGAUGCUAGCAGCAACCAGGGAUGAUAUUCCGGCCUUCCUGAGGGAUCCAAACCGACUCUCUGAGAUUCUCCCUGUUGUAGAAAAGUGCUCUGAGCGAUUGGUGCUAGGCGACUAA